UCAAGUGCACUAGACACAUUUUGCGGUCAAGCAUAUGGAGCAAAGCAGUAUCAUAUGGUUGGUAUAUACACACAGAGAGCCAUUAUUGUUACCCUCCUUGUGACUAUACCUCAGUCCUUUAUUUGGGCUAAUUUAAAGUCCAUUCUGGUUGUUCUGCAUCAAGAUGAAACUAUUGCAGCACAGGCUCAACUAUAUGCCCGUUACUUAAUCCCAAGCCUUUCUGCCCAUGCCGUGGUUCGAUGCAUUACUAAAUUCCUGCAAACCCAGAACAUUGUGUUUCCUAUGGUGCUAAUUACUGGAUUUGCUAGCUUAGGGCAUGUCCUUCUUUGCUGGGCUUUUGUAAUGAAACUUGGCCUUGGCAUCAAAGGAGCUGCGAUUGCGAUUUGCAUCUCGAAUUGGCUUACCAUGGCCCUUCUGGUACUUUAUGUCUGGUUCUCACCUUCUUGCAAAAAGACUUGGGUUGGUUUCACAAGGGAAUGCUUGCGCGAAAUCCCUCAAUUUCUCGCACUUGCUCUUCCUUCAGCUGUCAUGGUCUGCUUAGAAGCAUGGACAUUUGAACUCUUGGUGCUCCUGGCUGGUGCUCUCCCCAAUCCAAAAUUGCAAACUUCAGCCCUUUCUAUAAGCAUUAGUACAACUGGUAUGUUUUGGAUGAUACCAUUUGGAGUUAGUGCUGCUGGAAGCACAAGAAUCUCAAAUGAACUUGGGGCUGGCUGUCCAAAAUCUGCAUAUUUAGCUGUUAAAGUCACCUUAUCAAUGGCCUUUGUGGUGGGACUUCUAGAAUCCGCUUUCCUUAUGCUUGUAUGGAAAAUCUGGGCACGUGCUUUUACCAAUGUACAGGAAGUGGUCACAUAUUUGACUUCCAUUACGCCAAUCAUUGUAGCCUGUGUAUUUCUAGAUUCAAUUCAAACAGCACUCCAAGGGGUUGCUAGAGGAAGUGGUUGGCAGAAACUUGGUGCAUUUGUUAAUCUUGGGUCCUAUUAUCUUGUGGGUGUUCCUUUAGCAGCUGUGCUUUCUUUUGUCCUCCAUAUGAAGGGAAAGGGGUUACUUUUUGGACUUGGAUCAGCACUAAUAUUGCAAGUGGUGUUUUUUGUUCUCAUCACCAUGCGCACCAAUUGGGAGAAAGAAGCAAAUAAAGCAGCAAUAAGAGUAAGAGGCAAUGGAGUCCAAGUUGAUGCACCCCCGGGUGACCAGAAUGUUACUCCUUGAUAGUUGAAGAACCUUCAUUCUAAUUUUAUGUGUACAACUAGACUUACUAUAUUAUAUAACCUCAUCAUAAUUUUGAUUAGGGUUAAAUAUGUUUUUUUUUCUCCAUGAACUAUAACGA